AUCGUCCCCGUCUUACUUAUCCCUACCUACCUAUGAAAGACUCAUCGCAGUCCUUUCAAGUUCGAAACCUCACAGAUCCCCACAUGUCAUAACCAUGUCCGGCAACAUUCGUGGGUAAGCUUUUCCCAUAACGCUGACCCGAAAUGUGCGUAUGCGACUAACCGUGGUUCUUAUAGCUUUGGGUACUUGGAGGUUUGCUUAAAUUUUCUCACAACCUGCUUGGGUUGAUCGACUAACGAUGGAUUAUCUGUUUCAGAGUCUUCCUCCGGUUACCUUCCGCCGCCUAUACCAGCAGCCCGCCACUGCGUUGGCCAUUUUCCGGCGUAUGCUGCCUAAUUUAGGUCUGUCAAAACCCCCGUCAUUGGAGGAAUGUUGAGAUGGGUAAAGAGGUGAUAUCUAAUAGUUGUAUACUAUAGCUAAGACAAUUGUCACAACUCUGCUAUACAAUGAAAGUCCUGUUGCCCUCGGCGACCUAGAGGCUCUGGUCCGCCCUGAGAGCUAUCGGUUAGCUUGCUGUUGAUUUGAUCCCACGCUUUCCAAGCAUAGCUAAUUGAAGGAGUAGAGAGCGGGAAGAUGCUUUUAGUAAACUGCGCAGACUGCACAUCAUCACCGAGAAUAAUUUGGACGUUUCUCUUGACCCCGUAUUUAAAAAGAAUUUUCGGUUGGCGUUGACUGGAGGGCACGUUUAACUGCUGAGUGACGGUGAUGACUGGUUGCUAACGGGUGCUGUGUGACUAGGGGCGAUCACCAUUCGUUCGGCGUGCCUUGUAACACGGAAGACAAGAAGAAGAUCACGGUCCAAUUUCUAGACGACUAUGCCACUAGACAAUUCGAAGCUAUACUGCAUUAUAUGGUUGGGACGCAUAAUGAGGUCAAGCCCAGCAAGGGUGUUAUCACUCUUCUCACCAAGGGUGGGCUGAUGGAACGCUAUGGGGCGGGUUCAGUGGCUACCAUCACUAAGAACGGAUUCAGCUUUCUGCUCCAGGAUGGGAACCCACAAAUUUGGGCAUUACUGAUUCAAUAUCUGGAGAUGUCCGAGGAGUUGGGAAUGGAGCAGACAGAUGUAUUACAUUUUUUGCUCAUGUUGGGUAGUUUAGAGUUGGGACAAGCGUACUCUGUUAAUACCUUAACAGAGACACAAAAGCUUAUGUUAGCCGACUUGAGGGACUACGGGGUUGUCUAUCAGAGAAAGUCAACUUCUGAUAGAUUUUAUCCGACGAGGCUAGCUACCACACUUACCUCAGAAUCGGGAGGCCUUCGGUCUGCUUCUGCUAGUAUGAGUUCUGCUAUGGUAAAAGAUGCCGAAGAGGGGAAAGGAUUUAUCAUCUUGGAGACGAAUUAUCGUGUCUACGCAUAUACAGGUCCGUGCCCUAUAUUUCCGCACGUUUCAGAUCAUUGACUCGCUGAAACCGCAAUUAUAGACUCUCCCCUCCAGAUCGCUGUGCUUAACCUCUUCGUCAAACUCAGUACUCGCUAUCCGAACCUUGUCAGCGGCCGUAUAUCUCGACGAUCAAUUCAAGAAGCUAUAAAAAUGGGUAUUACGGCGGAUCAAGUGAUUGACUACCUAAGUGCCCAUGCUCAUCCUCAAAUGCGAAAAUCGCUUGUUACUCUCCCGCCAACUGUUGUCGACCAGAUUCGCUUGUGGCAGAUUGAAGGGGAAAGAAUGAGGACAACUACCGGGUUCCUAUUCAAAGAUUUCCAUUCUACCCAGGAGUUUGAAGAAGUGGCCAAAUAUGCGGAGGAAUUGGGUGUCCUUAAAUGGAAGAAACCGUCGAAGAGGUGUAUGUUUGUUACAAGGCAUGAACAGAUUGCUGAUUGGCUGAAGAGAAGAGCGAGUGCUCAGCAGCAGCAGCAGCAGUCGAAGAAGGUUGCUACUUGAAUCUUUGAUGUCCUAUGUUUGAUGCCUGGACGUUUUUUUUUCUUUCUUUCUUUCUUUCUUUCUUUUGCGGCAAUCUGUAUUGUUAGUACCUUAGAAGCGAGCAACGAUAUCUAGCUGGGCGAUAGAAGGUUUGGCUUUUUGUGACUGAUGGUUUGGUAUAUUGAUAAGUUGUGUAUGGGGUUUCAUGAGUUAAAUUGCUACUUCAUGGGAUUUCAACUUGAGAUUGAAAUUUUCUUUGUUCAUGGCUUCUUUCAUUUGAUGUAACCAGUAUCACACCUCUGAAGGUUGUAUCAUACCUCCGUGGUGAGCCGGGGCCUUGUAGAACACUUGAACUCGUCCGGUUCAGGAACAAGCUUGGGCGAGUUCUAGUACUCUAGCAUAACAUAGUAGAUCAUAUCGUGGCCCCGUACUCCGAAAAGCGCGAGACACGCAACAGGUGAAGCCGCCUUCUUUAUAAUAACUAUUGUAUCGGUAUGAUACUAGAACCUUUUAUGCAAAAGUUUUACCUUUAUC